ACACAAGUUUGAGAAAUAUUGAUGUCAUAAAUAGUAAGAAUCUGCAGUUUCUGAAAUAGAGGAGCAGAUGAGAUGUGUGACUCUGAUCGGGUUGCGAUCCUAACAAAACGUUUCUGGAGGACCAACAUUUUUUGCAGAGUAGUAGGAAAAGUACUUUCCCAAACUACAUUACAAUAUGAACAAUAGGGAUAAAUGAUACUGUAAUAAAGAAUAAGGAGACAAGAUGUCUAACCCUCCUUAUCACUCCAGUAGAUUUGUUUAUUUUUCUACUAACAUAGUCAAUAUGUUUACUCUAAUUUAAACUCUCAUCAAUAAUAAUUCCUAGGAAUUUUGUAGAUGACACUUGAGGCAUCUCAACAGAUUCAAUUUUAAUUUGAAUUGUGAACUGCAGUAGCUCGCAAAUGACACAUUUUCACAACGGCCAUACGAGACAAAUAACAAGAGAAGCAGGUAUUGGCUGCUCAAAAUGUUGAAACAAUCUCCCAGAUGAGGUUCCAUGUGAAUUUCCAUACAUAUUUAACCUAUUAGCACUAUGGGUUAAUGGCUUUUCUGACCAAUUAAUUAACUUCAUUCCUACUGGCAUUGUUGUCCAAUUCCCUCGACUAGUUAAGGCCCAAUUAAUGCCGAUUAAAAUGCUGAAGAGACAUUAUAAUUUGGACCAAACUAUGUCAGCAUAGCCCACACCGAGUCUGAGCAUCAUUGUUUUAUUUUUUUUAUUCAUUGAAAGUCAUCUUUAAACACAGAAUUUAGAACCAGAAAUAAAACUUCUCAGCAGUUUAAACGAUACGAGUAAUGAGUAAUUGGGUUACUCAGAGGUUGCAGCCUUGCAUCAGGGAAUAAUGAUGCAUGUAAUGUGUCUCCUCAUUGAUUGAGGUGCGAUUCCUGAAAGAUGUCACUCUUUCCUCCUUGCACGGUGUGGAGAGUGGAGGCUGCCGGGUCACGGGUCUGGUUGUAGACACUGUGCAGAGAGAGUGCCCAGAUUCUUUAGCAUUCAUCUCUCUGUCACAACUCAAACUGGCAUCAAGGCUUCUGUCUGUGUUGGGAGGAUAAAGAGAGAGAGGUAACAUCCCAACCAACACUUUCACCGUUUGUCCAAAGGUUGGUGAAUCUGCAAACAGACUGCUGGAGGACCCUGUGUGUCACUUGAUCUAAAAUGUCAACGUAAAAAUAAAAUCUUAAUUUAAUAUUGUGCAUAUUGUUAAAACGCAAAUGUCUGGUUUCUGGGGCCCUAAGCAACUUCAUGAAGCUGUUUAACUGAAGCUCUAUAAUGAUAACAUACAUGUCCAUACCUCUACUUAAACUACAACCUCUACUAUAAGCUAAGGUACUGCCUGUCUCUAUUCUUAGCAGCAGUAUUGCUAUGGCCUCCACUACAAUUACCCCUAUAAGUACUGGUAUUAGUGGGGCAUUGUGUUAGUUCAGUCAGAGCACUGAAGUCUCACUGGCAUCAGCUGCUUCAUUCACAAGCAGUGACUCAUUCUGCAUGUGCUGGGCUACCAGCUGACUUGUAUCAUUAGAUCAGAUAUGUGCAGGUGUACAGCGUGGCCUUUAGAACUGGACACUUUUCACUUCUACUCAGCUGGUACCUUCAUGAAAACACCGUUUGACAUCAGGCACACCAGCUCUCUCCACCGCCCUUAUCUCCUUAUCUCCUUAUCUCCUUCCCUUAUGUGAACACAGUUUUGGUUUUGUUGGCUUCGUAAGAAACAAAAUCCUGAAAAUGAAAUAAAACCCAAUAAUGUAUGUUGGUACGUUAUCAGGCAAAGAUGAAGUCAACUUAAACCCCUACCAUUGGGAAAUGAUUAGAGCAGAGUGAUCUCAGAUUAGACACCACGAGAAGAUGCCACAAGCUGUUUUAUUUUUAUGAUGUAUUAUUAUUAUAUGAUUAUUAAUAUGACUGUUAUUUUUAAAUGCUACUUAAUAUGUUACUUGUGUCUCUACCUCUCUUACAACAAAAUGCUACGUGUAUACUAACAGCUUUAUACUACAGCAACUCCUGAUUAUCUUGAUUCUCUGUUUUGCACCCCCCCCUACACAACAAUUAUUCACAUUAGAGAAGAUGGAAUCUGUCCAUUUUUGAACAUUUUUGUUGUAAAAUGCAACCAUAAGAUUCAUUUGUUGUCAAAGUCAUUUCCGGGAUCAUUUUCCGUCUACUGACUGAUGAAUCAAUCGUCCAGCUCUACUCCUGUCGACCUAUAAAGUCAGGGGAGCACAGGUGACGUGUACCUGAGGCUGUGGGGUGUUAGGGAUUCAUGCACACAUGUUGAGAGAGGAUGUUGAUGCUCAAACACCAGGCAGUGCUGUUCCCUCACUCUGUGAAAAACAACCUCCUCUCCUCUUAAACACACAUACAUGUGAAAUCCCUCGAGCCUAUAAUAAAUUAAUCCAAUUAAAGCAGAAGGUAAUCAUAACCCACUGAAACAGUUUGAGGAUAAAAGGAUGCUGUUAGCUGGUCCUAACAUGACCUGUGAAGCAUGACAGGCUUACAAUCAAAAUCAACAAUCGUUUUUCUGUGAAUCCUACUUUUAUAACAAUUUAUUGAGCUUGUUAUUUUAUAAUAGUUAACUGUUCAGAUUCAAAUGAACAUUGUUAUUUUGUUCGAUAAUCUUUCAGCACAAAGUUAGUUUCCUGGUUGGUUGUAGCUGAUGUUCCCUCUGGUUUGUGUUUAUCGAGCCAAGACGGUGACAGCAGCACCGGAGAUGAGCGCCGGUUGGUUUCCCCGAAGCCAACAUCUCCCCUCAAAGGCAAAGAAACAACAGCACAACUGAAAUGUGAAAAUCCGUGUAACGGGAGACUGAUAUCUCUGGUGUUGUGUUACAUGUUUUUGAGUAACGAGGUCGACGCUGACGAGCGGCUGUGCGUCUUGGAGAGGGCAGGGACGCCAGAGACGCGCAACGGCAGCAGCAGCGCAGUCUGGUUGGAGCCGGCGUUUGAGAUCAUUCAACACUCCGUGCACCGGAUGUCUGAACGGAUUGUGGGAUACGACACCUAUACCGAAAUCCUUCCGUCGCGAACGAUGGACAGCCUCCUCGCCCCCCCCCCCCAAAUAGCCACGAAAGCGUCGGAAGAGUGAAAAUCCUGGAGCUUUUUUGAACAGAACUGUGGGUUGUGCGCGCGCGUCGGGCUCGCCGUUGCCUCCCGACUGCACUCGCCAACUUCCCCCGCUUUCCAUCAAGUCAUGUCUGAUACAGAGCGAUGGGCAAGUUUGACGACAACGAGAGGAUAAUCCUCAACGUCGGGGGCACCAGGCACGAAACCUACAAAUCCACCCUGAAGACCCUGCCGGGGACGCGCCUGGCCCUGCUUGCCUCCGACUCGGACAUCGACUCCGUGCUGGAUCAACUGCAACAAGUCCCCGGCUUCAUCGAGUACAACGCACGGACCAACGAGUACUUCUUCGACCGCCACCCGGGCGUCUUCGCCUACGUGCUCAACUACUACCGCACCGGGAAACUCCACUGCCCGGCGGAUGUGUGCGGACCGCUGUUCGAGGAGGAGCUCUCCUUCUGGGGCAUCGAUGAGACGGACGUGGAGCCCUGCUGCUGGAUGACUUAUCGGCAGCACCGGGACGCAGAGGAGGCUCUGGACGUGUUCGAGCUCAACGUGGACAACGGGGAGGAUGACGACGAUAUAGGGAAAAGGCUCGGCAUCGAGGACGCGGCCGCCGACGGUAAUGUCAGCCUCUGGAGGAAGUGGCAGCCGGUGAUCUGGAAUCUAUUCGAGGAUCCCUACUCCUCCAGAGCGGCGCGGUUUAUAGCCUUUGCAUCUUUGUUCUUCAUCCUGGUCUCCAUCACCACCUUUUGCUUGGAGACUCACGAGGCUUUCAACACCAUCAUCAACAAGACGGAACUGAUGCGGAACAGCAGCGUGCCGGACUCAGGCCCGCAGUACGAAAUAGAAACUGACCCCGCGCUCACCUACGUGGAGGGCGUUUGCGUCUUCUGGUUCACCAUCGAGUUCCUGGUGCGUGUGACCUUCUGCCCGGUCAAGUUGGAGUUUGUUAAGAGUGUUCUCAACAUCAUCGACUUUGUGGCUAUCCUGCCUUUCUACUUGGAGGUGGGGCUGAGUGGCCUUUCCUCAAAGGCCGCCAAGGAUGUGUUGGGUUUCCUCAGGGUGGUGCGCUUUGUUCGUAUCCUGCGCAUCUUCAAGCUCACGCGCCAUUUCGUGGGGUUAAGGGUGCUGGGUCACACAUUACGGGCCAGCACCAAUGAAUUCCUGCUGCUCAUCAUCUUCCUGGCGUUGGGAGUGCUAAUUUUCGCCACCAUGAUCUACUAUGCCGAACGAAUCGGCGCGAAGCCCAACGACCCCACCGGUAGCAACCACACCAAGUUCAAGAACAUCCCCAUUGGCUUCUGGUGGGCCGUGGUAACCAUGACAACACUGGGCUAUGGCGACAUGUAUCCAGAGACCUGGUCGGGCAUGGUCGUUGGCGCACUGUGCGCCCUGUCGGGCGUGCUAACGAUAGCCAUGCCUGUGCCCGUCAUCGUCAAUAACUUUGGGAUGUACUACUCCCUGGCCAUGGCCAAGCAGAAGCUGCCCAAGAAGAGGAAGAAACACAUCCCUCAGGUGGUGCAGGGAGGGUCCCCCAUAUACUGCAAAGCAGAUCUCAACACCACCUGCAACAGCACACAAGGUGACCUGUGCCACGUCAAAGGGAGCAGGGUGCUAGAACGCAACCGCUCAGUUCUGUCAGCAGACUGCAGCAGGGGCAGCGACCUGACCAUGUCUCCAGAGGAGAGGGUCCCCAUGCGAAGGUCCAGCACCCGGGAACAGGACCGGCGGAGCGGGGGGACAUGCUUCCUGCUCGCUGCUAGUGACUACAGCUGCCCUGCAGACGGAGGGAUGCGAAAAACAGAUAACUGCAGAGAGGUUGUCUUUACUGGUUUCACACAAGCAGAGAGCAGCGUUCUGUCUUAGGGGCUUGAGGGGAUAAGGCGGUAAAGAUAAACCUUCUAAGUGGUUGUGAGGGUCAGGUUGCAGUGCGGAACCCUCUCACCCUUUUUGGUCAUGAGUUAAGAUUGUGGCCGUACUUAAAUUGGGGGUUAUUCGAUAAUCCUACAUAGAGACACCUGUGUAUAGUUGCAGAAACAUGCACUCUUGAUGGCACUAGUGAAAGGGCUGCUUGUAGCAUUUUGAUCAUUACCAAGAUAUAGGUAUAAUUAGUAAACUGCAAUUUGCAUCUUGUGCCAUCAGAUUUGUUUGGAAAUUUACUCUCCAAGAGCAGAUUUAGUUUGUUGCAAAAAAACAAAAAACCUGAUACAUAACUUUGUUUCUGUUCUUUUAACUACACAGCCUCACUUUGUUAUCAGCCAUCACCAAGGGCUAUUAACUGCUCUCCAAUCCCCAAACCAGACGGACUGACCUGAAUCCCCUCAGAACACUUCUCACACGGAGUCUCGUAUUGAACCGAAGCCGCCUCUGCUGUAUCCGUCUGCUGUAUUUCAUAAAUUGCCUCCGUGCACCAACAGGUGCGGGACAGCAGACGUGACCGACACGACUUGCCCAUGCCUACAGCGUGUCUAUACCAGUAGCAGAUGGUUGCCUAGCAACUGGCUUAGUAAGAUGCAUUUUGCACAUGGCUCGGCAAAAAGUCAAACAAUUAAAAAAAGAAGACCAAACACGCCUCUUUGUCCGAACACCAAAUUACUGAAUCACCCCAUUUGAAUCACUACAAUAUUCAAUACAGCUUUUAUAAUUCUGGAAAGAGCACCAUGGAUUUAUACUAUCUAUUUUGUUUUGUGUGUGUGUUUGUGUGUGUGUGUGUGUGUGUGUGUGUGUGUGUGUGUGUGUGUGUGUGUGUGUGUGCAUAUAUUGAACAUAGCCAGUCUGUGCAUGGCAUGGUCUUCUUAAAUGAUGCUCAACAAAGACAGAUUAUGCAUUUCUGAUAUUUAGGGAUGUGUUUGUAUUUUAUUUUAUUUAGACCAUUCAUUUCCUAUUUGAAUGACUGGGGGGGAAAGUCAUCUGUGCAAGGACCUAUUGCCGCGGGAGGACCCCUCCCCCCCUCAUUUGGAGCCACUCCUGAGGACAAUACGGACGGGGAAGCACGCUAAAAAAACACUUGACGGGACGGCCGCCCAGCCAGCGGCUCAGUGAGCGGAAGAGGAACUCAAACGACAUCCUGGGAGGACUUUGAUAACAUUGGACCUGAUUUCUCUUUUUGCUUUCCUGUUUUGGAGCGGUGGAGGUGAGAAAAAUAAAAGGGAGAGCAAAGCAAACUGGACACGUCCUUAAAAGAGACUAUCUACUGUAUAGAUCAAUGCUCCUGUAAAUAAGACAACGACACAGCACACCUGGGCCAAGCGGCUCUGUCCACACAUCUGUCCGCCGACGGCGAGUCAGUAACGAGGUGGUCGGCCGCGACACUCAACUUUACUUGCCGUGGUGCCCCCGCCCCCCUCGCAAUAAGUGUAUCAAGAUGUAUCGGUCGAGGCACUUUGUGUUCUAAAACUGGAGUGUGUUGAUAUAUGAGAUUCUACAUUCAGUAUAUACAGUAUAGAGAGACAAAUGUGCUAAGUUGAAUAAAUGUGACAGUACGGUCAUCUCUGCUUUUGUUUCCCUCGGUGAUUUUCAGUUGGUGAAUUGCUCUGCUGUGUGUUAAUGUGUGUGUGUGUGUGCGUGUGUGUUAAUGUGUGUGUGUGUAUCCUAAAACACCAGGGUUAGAACUGCAGUUUGAAAGACCAGAGACCAAAUGAGUGGACCUAAUGCCAUCACUCUUCCAGUUAGUUUUAGCACAAACAUCAAUGAGACAGAGUUCCCCUGUGAUGCAGUCGCCGUUGUAGAAGUCCCCCCGCCGUGCAUUUAAACAUACAACCCCCCUGCGUUUGAGCUGCAGAUCGUUUGUUUUUACUCACACACCAAAAUUAUCCUCACUGAAAUAUUCCUCGUAACUCUCGGUGGCUAAAUGAUAAAAAAAAAACUGCAUAACUUGAUUCUUCCAAAGUUUUCGGAGCGAAAGUGUAGCAGAAGUUCAACCAAGUUCUAAACCGGGACUUCUAGAAUGGCUACGUCUGCACAGUAGCAAUCUCUCGCACCCAAACAAUCGGACCGGAUUUGCAAUAAGCAAAAAAGACAAAGAAAAAAAAGAGCCGAUCCACACUGUGAUUUCAGCAGCCCGUUAUAAACAAAGAUGGAAAAAGUGAAGAUGCUGCUCUAAACAGCUGGUGGGAAAAGGACACAACUCUUAUGUCACGUCGGCUGCCAAGUGUCACCGUGUACCCACAAUCCUCCUUGUGUAGUUCACAUGCUGCUUUGCUCUUUGAAUCGACACAAGUACCUUCCUCGUGUGUCUCUUUAGGAUGACGUCGUUACUUGCAAAAAAAAAAAGGAAGAUAAAAAAAGGUGUUUAUUUUUUUGACUCCAGAACAUGUAUUUUUGUGUCUCUUACUGUCGGGUACAUUGCUCUUACCUGUGAAAGUCAUGGUAGUCCGAUGCUGUGCUUCUCCAUCUUGUCCUCAAAACUGUCCGGCUUUUUGAUCCGUGUUCAUGUUUUUGUAUGUUUUACUGUGAGGAAGAUUCUAGUUUGAAGUCUGUAUUUGUGGAGCUUUUUGUUGGCAUUCUAAUGCAUGCUGAAAAAAACAAACAUUAUGUCAAAUUGUAAAAAAAAGAAAAAGAUGACAUACUGUAUAUCACGUUCAAAACAAUGUGUAUAGAGUAAAGGUAAAUGCCAUGUGAGAGAGUCGCAUAAACUAUUUAUCUUUUAACUGAUUGUUUCUUUCUUUGCCUCGUCUGACCUCUUUUCUUCCUGAUUGGGUAAACUGACAAAUACUCUGAGAGGAAAUAUGGGUUCAUGUUUAUUCAAAGGUAUAUCUAGCUGUGUUUCAUUGACACGCUGUGACACUUCUGUUUUACAAACACAAAUACCAGAUUGUAGUGAAUCAUUUCAAAGCUUCACAAAAAGUAUGUCAACUCGAGGUUCACUUCCGAGCUUACUCCGCAGCUUUCAACCCCGUCUCACAGUCUUCAGGAGUCAUCAUGUGACUGCCGCUCCAUAUUUAGGACGCUCGAUGACAACCGAACCAUCUCCAUGACAACUGAGCAGCUCCAUUCUCCAAUAAAGGCCAUGUCCAGACAAAGAUGUCAAACAAGCUAGUAUGUAUGUAGUAUUUUUUCGCACUCCUGUUUUUGAUGUAAUGAUAAUUCUGCAUUCAUAGAAAUCCAGAAAACCUUUCUAGCCUGCACACAGCAUGGUCCUGGUUAACACUUACGUUUAUGGGUCCUCAUUUUUCUUUUUAAUUUCACAAAAGGUUUCCUGGAAAUAACUUGGUGCAACUUUAAGGAAACAUGGGGACAAACUUAUUUGUCAGUUUGACAGUUAUUUUAGUUUAUGUUGUCCCUAAGAUUGGAAGUUGCAUAUCAAACCACCUGUUGGGUGUUUUAAUAUGCAACUUAGAACUUUGCCCCUAGUAUACCGACUUAUUUGCAGACCUAUUUCAAAUCGCACAUAUUCUUGGAAACUUUAUUCAUUCCAUAUGUUGAAUUGUUACCCGCCUCAUAACAGACGGACUCACCGUGACGUCAUCCAUUGGUUUGUGCACCACGUUAAAGCCUUCAUUAUUACUAUUUUGGCAGUCGCCAUUUUUUUGCAGCCAGUAGUGACACGAGAGGGCGGAGCUAAGUCCAACCAAACGCUGAAUAAGACAUUGUUAGCCGACCAAAAUGUUACAAUUAACUUUCCUGAAGGGGAAAGACACUGUGAAAGGGUUGAAGCUGUAAGAAGAAUACACAGACAACUCUCAGACCGGACAACACCAUGUUAGCAUCCUGUCAAUCACCAUGUAGCCCCGCCCUAAAGCAUCC